GCCGAAUGAGUAGCGAUAUUUUCCAGAGGAGAAAACGAUCCCAUAGGGUACGGAUGAUAAGGUAGCUCGUUGUGGUGAUCGCGAGAACUAAGCAUACGGCUGCUUAUAUAUAGACGCGGUUUUGCUCUUCCUUCCUAGUUCGAGUUUCGUUCCACUGCUAUUCUUUCGUUAAAUAUUCAGGAUAUAUCAGAGACACCUUGCCUUCUAACUGCACCCGUUCGAUCGUAAUUCGUUUCAUCGAUCAUGGCCAAGGACAAUCUCACCGCUAUUCUCUACGGUAUCAACGAUAUUCGACUGGAACAAACUCCGAUCGAGGAACCCAAUCAGGAUGAGGUACUCCUGCAGAUGGGUUGCGUCGGGAUUUGCGGUUCCGACGUUCAUUAUUUGGUGAACGGAGGAAUCGGCGAUUUCGUGGUGCGAAAACCUAUGAUCAUGGGUCACGAAGCUGCCGGUGUGGUCGUCAAACUCGGAAAGAACGUGAAAGACUUAAAGGUCGGCGACCGUGUGGCCAUCGAACCCGGUGUAUCCUGCAGAAUGUGUACAUUCUGUAAAGAAGGACGUUACAAUUUGUGCAAGGACAUGGUGUUCUGCGCAACUCCACCGGUACAUGGCAAUUUGAGGCGUUUUUACAAACACGCAGCUGACUUUUGUUUCAAAUUACCGGACAAUGUGACGUUGGCCGAAGGAGCACUAUUGGAGCCUUUAUCGGUCGGUGUGCACGCGUGUAAACGCGCGAACAUCAGCAUCGGUUCGAAAGUUUUGAUUUUAGGAGCCGGACCGAUCGGUUUGGUGACUUUAUUGGUAGCCAAAGCCAUGGGUGCCAGUAAAAUCGUUAUUACCGAUCUGGUGCAAAACAGAUUGAACAUGGCGAAGAAGUUAGGUGCCGAUGCUACGUUGUUAAUUAAACCCGAAUACGCGGAGGCUGAUGUUGUAGCGAAGAUUCACCAGCUUUUCGGAGGUGAUCAACCGGAUCGUACGAUCGAUGCUUCCGGUGCGCAAUCCUCGAUCCGUUUAGCGAUCCUCGCAACGAAAUCCGGUGGAGUGGCAGUGAUGGUAGGAAUGGGUGCAGCAGAGGUUCAAAUUCCAUUGAUUAACGCGCUCGUAAGGGAAGUCGAUAUCAGAGGCGUGUUUCGAUACGCAAACGAUUACUCCGACGCGCUGGAUCUGUUGGCAACCAAUAAAAUCGACGUGAAACCGUUGAUAACUCACAAUUAUAAAAUAGAGGAGACCGUAGAAGCGUUCGAAACUUCGAAAUCGGGACAAGGUGUUAUUAAGGUCAUGAUACAUUGUAACUAGAGCAACGAAAGUAACCUUUCGUUCCUAAACGCUACGGACAAGAUUUGGUAAUCACGGAGAACGAUCGGUGAAAUAUGAAAUAUCGGUGACGUUAAGUGGUCUCGAUGUUAGAUUUUUAUCAGAAUAACUCGAACGAGAUAAACGCGCGUUUUAUACGAAAUUUUUAUUAGACGUAUUCGAAGAAGGUGAUAAAUCUACGCUUUUAAACUCAGUAUGGUUAAAGUUGUUUUUUAGAAUAUUGUUUCUAGGAUAUUUGAUGCGAAACGAUGGCACUGUACGCGGCAGGUCCGCGUAGAAAGAAUAUCGUUUCAAAGAUGUUAUACGUAGGUGAUUUUUCUUCCAUAUUAAUACGCUGGAAACCCGAUAACAGUAAUAUCUUCUCGAUAAAUAUUCCGAUGGAAAAUUUUCAUUAUGAUUUUUUUAUUUGACGAACGCUGUGCGGUUACACUACGCGAAUAUUACGUAAUUCCGAUAUUGUAAUCUAUAAUUGCAGUUGUUUCGAGUGCUCGAUUCGCCGUCAAGUGCGAACUGUUUUUAUUAUCGUCCAAUUAAAGUUGAAGUGCCGGAAAGAUUGUUAGAUCGUUUAAUUUCUGAUUAUAUAAUAAACCCGUUAAGUUUGCUAAUAAAUCUCACCGCGAAUGUAAUUGGCACGUUAGAGAAAACGAGUCUAGACGCAUAAUACGCGAUUCUAGAUUUUGAAGUUCAAGUAUCCCAUACUAUUUAUUGUCGAAAAGAAUGAUUUUCAUUGAAAUAAAGGAGGAAAGGUGUGUCGAGUGGUGGGUUUCAACGAUUUAAAACGGAUCGAGAGUAUUCACAGGAAGAGACUUAACCAUCUGUGAUAUUGUCUGCUAACAAUGACACCGCAUGACUUCUUCUAUUAGCCUUCUACGUUACACGAGAGGUACUUGAAACGCGCAGUCUGUUUUCGAGUCACUCUUGUGCUCGAAUUUCCUUCUUUUUUUUAUAUCAAGAUACGUAAUAUACACCGAUCGAUCAACCUGGUGGCUGAGAGCAGAAAAUCGUAGUAAAUGUCUACAAUUAGGGCCCCAACGAGAAAUUAAUUGAAAAGAGAUAAAUUCUAUGUAUUUUUGUCCCACCCGAAUGCAAAACUGUCAACAAAAUUUCGGGGUCGCUUGUAUAUACUAUGAUAUUGUGGUAAAUAUUGACGUAAAAUCAUUAUUUUCAAAAGUUAAUUACUUUUAAAGCGUCAUUAUCUAUAUAGGUUAGGUUAGUUUAUCAGAAAAAAUAUAACUUACCUCGCGGCAAAAACUCGACCAGUCAACAAUAGUCUCCUUGCUCAGUUCCCAUUAGGGAUGUUCGAUUCACCGGAAAGAAUCGAUUCUGAAUCGGAAUGAAAGAAUCGAUUUCUUUAAAAAAUUGAAACCAAAGAAUCGAUACUGUGAGAAUCGGUCUAAAAAGAAUCGGUUUGAAAGAAAUUGUCUUUUUUUGUUUCCUUUUUGUGAACACACUAUCCCAUACGAGUCUUCUGUGCGACAUCGAUUAUCGUAAAGAAUCGAUCUUUUAUUUUUUUAUAUUUCGUGCUCUUAUAUUAAAAGUAAAUGUUCCACAUUGUUUAUAUUUUAA